AACGAGGACUCUAGUCUCCAUCACUCACAGACGGGUCGGUCCGCCACGUGGUUUUAUUGUUCGCGUUUUUGAGGCAGAGGAACUUUUUUGAGUCGUGUUUUUGGAUCAGAACUUUUCACUUAUGGUUGGAGAAUAUGGGGUCAAGUCAUGGGUUCUCUCCGGGAAACAUCGCGGUCCUGCUGCUGCUGUUUGAAGGAGCCUUGGGCCUGUACUUCCCUCAGACUGAGUACACAGAGACGGUCUAUGUGGGACAGUCUGCCGGGACCCCCAUCCUCCAGCUCUACUCUCUCCUGGAUAGUGACACAGAGCGACCGCACUUUUACCUGUGCUGGACCGGUGCUCCCAGAGUCUACAGCUCCUGGUUCAGCAUGGACGUCCACACUGGGGUCCUGUCCCUCAACAAGACGCUGGAGGAGAGUGACUUUGCACUGCUCAAUCAGAAGCUAUGGUCCGUGCAGAAGCUGACCUUGAAGACGAUGGCGCUGCCCUCUAGCUCCAGUCGGAGUCAGUGCAGCAACAAGAAAGUCGCCCGGAUUGUUCUGGAUUUUGUGAAUGCCACUGUACCUCAGUGCGGACAGACAGACCUUAAAGAGCUGUGCUUUCCUCACAGAGACUCCUGCAUCCCUCACAUCAUGGAGAACAGGUACCCCGGAGCAGUGAGGCAGCUGAGGAGGCUGAGCAGAGCUGGGGUGUGUCCCAACUACACCAUCACCUACAACGUGGAGUCAGAGUUCCCAGCUCCUUUUGCUGUGAAUGACUCGACCUGGGAGCUGGUUGUCACAGCACCGCUGGACCGCGAGGAGAAUGAAAGAUACCGACUGCUGCUCAUCUGCACCAUCAGGACAGACUCAGUCAUCACUAAACUGGAGACGCCUCUCGAGGUCUUCGUCAAUGAUGAAGAUGAUAAUGCGCCCUUCAUCAAUGGGACAGCCACAGCAGACAUCACCAUUAGCUACAACAGGACUAAGGGAGGUUCUUUUGGGACCUUGUAUGUGUAUGACAGAGACCUGACACCCAUCUACCCAGACCAGAGACAGAACAAAUAUGUUUGGACAUCGCUCAACAGUGACCCCUGGAUCAAGGAAACAUUUGACCUGAAGGGAACGUUCAGGGAAAAGAAAAAUGCCCUGGGAGGAAUCAGAGAAACUGUCCACGACUACCAACUGGUUCUGAAGAGGAGUCUGUUUGUGAAUGAGAACCGCACAGUGCAGUUACAUUAUUUGGUGAAUGACACGACUUACCCGGGCCUCACGGGGACCGUCCUGCUGCAUUUUAAUGUCACCAUUUUACCCGUGCAGAUCCUAUUCCCCAAUGUCACACAGGUGUUCACAGUGUUCCGAAGAGCGUCUGUCUAUGCACAGGUUGGCCGAGUGUGCGUGGAUAACUGCCCUGAGUUUGAUGGUUUCGGUGUCUCGUAUCGUCUGGAGGUCCCUGAUCGUAACCUGUCCUCGAGUCUCCAGUCCUGUUACAGUGCGGUGAGCGUGUCUCAGGGGGAGGAGGACCGCUGGGGGCUGCUGUUUGUGAAUGACACUGAGCCUCUGGGACGUGCCGAGUGCCACGAGCUGCUCUACACUGUGAUAGCCCAAGAGGAGCACACUCAGGAGGAGGCCAGCACUCAGAUCCUGAUCACACUGGAGGGAGAUGCCAAUAAGGCUCUUCAAGAGACUCAGGAGUUCUCGUCUUGUGCCUCAAACAAACGUCGUGGAGAGUGUGAAUCAGUGAGAGGCUUAGGAGCAACUAACGGGAGGUGCCAAUGGAGACAGGGCACUGAGAGAGGGAUAUCAGAAUCAUACUCCACCUGUUCUCCAGACCUGCGAACAUGUCCCAAUAGUUUCUGUGACGCAGUUGAAAGCAAAGACCCCUCCAUCUGCCCCCAAGACUGCACAAAGGGUCCAGUGGUGGGCGGACAUGAACGUGGUAUUCGAGAUGGGAUCCAAGCCGGGUACGGGACCUGCUACUGCCUCACGGAGAGGUGCUUCUGUGAGAAAGAGGACGAUGAGGUGGCGAUUUGCGACGACAUGUGUAAAACCAUCAUUGCCACUGCUCUGCUCCUCUCCUUCAUCGUAUCCAUCCUCCUCUCCUCUUACUUCAUCCACCGAUAUCACAAGAACUCUCCCAAACCGCCCAUCGCCUCUGCAGAGAUGACCUUCAGGAGACCAGCUCAGGCCUAUCCAAUCAGUUUCCCUGCUAACAAUGUCCGCAGAGGGUCCCAGGAGUCCAUAGAAACUGAUACGUUCAAAAUACCUGAGGAUCCGAAGUGGGAGUUUCCACGUAAAAACCUUGUGCUGGGGAAGACUCUGGGAGAGGGAGAGUUUGGGAAGGUUGUCAAGGCAACGGCGUUCAGGCUUAAAGGAAAAGCUGGAUACACAACUGUGGCUGUGAAAAUGCUCAAAGAAAACGCCUCUCACAGUGAGUUACGGGACCUGCUGUCAGAGUUCACUUUACUGAAGCAGGUCAAUCACCCUCACGUCAUCAAAAUGUUCGGAGCCUGCAGCCAAGACGGACCUUUGUACCUGAUUGUGGAAUACGCCAAAUUUGGAUCGCUGCGGAACUUCCUCAGAGAGAGCCGGAAAGUUGGACCAAGUUACAUGGGACGGGACGCCAACCGAAACUCCAGUUAUUUAGAAAACCCAGACGACCGAGCGCUCACCAUGGGGGACCUAAUAUCAUUCGCCUGGCAAAUCUCCAGAGGCAUGCAGUACUUGGCAGAAAUGAAGCUGGUUCACAGAGACCUAGCGGCUCGAAACGUUCUGGUGGCUGAAGGUCGAAAGAUGAAGAUUUCAGACUUUGGUUUGUCCCGAGACGUUUAUGAGGAAGACUCAUACGUGAAGAGGAGCAAGGGCCGCAUACCUGUCAAAUGGAUGGCCAUAGAGUCAUUAUUUGAUCACAUUUACACCUCACAAAGUGACGUAUGGUCAUUUGGAGUGCUGCUCUGGGAGAUUGUGACACUGGGAGGAAAUCCAUACCCUGGCAUCGCCCCUGAACGCCUCUUUAACCUCCUGAAAACGGGAUACAGGAUGGAGAGACCGGAAAACUGCUCAGAAGAGAUGUACAGCCUCAUGCUCCGCUGCUGGAAACAGGAAGCAGACAAGAGGCCGACCUUCUCCGACAUCAGCAAAGAACUGGAAAAGAUGAUGGUGAAGAGUCGGGAUUACUUGGACUUGGCGGCCUCCACUCCAGCGGACGGGCUGCUGUACGACGACGCUCUCUCUGAAGAAGAUACUCCUCUUGUGGACUGUAAUAACGCCCCUGUCCCUCGCUCACUCCCCUCCACAUGGAUUGAAAACAAGCUCUAUGGCAUGUCUUACCCCAACUGGCCCGAGAAGAGCCCGGUGCCGCUCAGCAGACACGAUGCCUCUAAUCCGCUCUUUACAAGAUAUGCCAAUGAUAGUGUAUAUGCAAACUGGAUGGCUUUGCCCUCACCCCCAAAACCUGUGGAGACGUGCGAUAGCUAAAGGCAACCAGACAAAUCAAGUGACUAAUCAGUACUAGAUGUGUAUAUUUCUAUAAGACUGUAAAUAUAUAUUACAAUCUGAUGAAGCUAAAGUUGGUUCCCUUCAUUUCUGUUGCACGGGUAUUUUAAAACUGGGAUCUGUUUUGCUGCAAAACGUUGGUUCAUGGACAUAGACCAAGCUUUUUUCACUAUGUUAAAGUCAGGUGCAUAUGACAGGUUUUCAUGUUUUUCUAAUUGUUACUUUGUAUGGUGGGAUAGUACCUGUGGUAAAUAUUCAUCAUAGUUUUACAUCAGUCAAGUGCCGGUUUGUGAAGAAAUGUUGUAAAAUAAAAGUUAAAAAUUACAGAGAGUAGCGUAAAAAGGAACCCCUCUUAUCUAUGUCAUAAAUACUCUUCCAUCCAAAAUGCACAAACAAUUUACUCACAAGACAUUUUUCUGACAAUUUAAAACCUGUUGUUAAAAAAGAAAAUUAAGGCACUGUGAUAUAUUUCUAUUUGUCAAAUCAUAACCAGCCUGUAAAUUAAACAUGUUUUGGCCCGUGUUUACUGAAUGGUUGCUAGGUAACAUAAUAACCUCUAAUUAUUUCACACAUGCUAACCAAUGUUCAACCAGGUAAUGAUAAACUUUACCCAGAUAGUCAAACCAGGAAAAAAGGCAAGAUUUCCACACAAAAAUUAAUGUAAUUAUGAUAACUAUUAGCAAAAUGAAUAGUCUAACCUGUCAUAUGCACUUUCAGUAUUACCUCAAAGACGGCUGAGCUGUAUCAUGCAUGAUAUUGUACCAGAUUGUAUGUCCGCGUCUUUCAAAGUGCCUGUGCUGCUUCGACAAUAGCCAACCAUGAUAAAUACAUGUCCCUGAAUGAAGACCUUGUCCAGCCCAGGAAUAAUACAUAAGGGACGUCUUUACCGUCGCCUAAGUUUGAAAAAAAAAUUAAAGUUUAUACUGUGUUGCUGAUGUCAUAUUUGUGAUCCCACCUCGCAACAGUUUUUGCCAAAGAUAAACAUGUUCAGAAACCAUCCGUACUGGUCAAUCUAGCUCUUUUUUAUGUGACAAUAUCAACAAGUGAGUCCAUUGUAAAGUCAAGAGGCGUAAUGUAGAUCCAUUGUCUGUACUUGGCAAACUUUGUGUAAAAAGUCAGGUCAUGUAAACUACUGUGUGUAUCAUUGUUAUGUUGAGAAUAUUUGGUUAUGUUACAGUUAUUAAAUAAA